UCGCAUAAAGAGUUAGAUGUGUAUCUUUUACUCAGUUGUUUCGAGAGUUUUCAAGAGAGAAGGAUCGAUCCACGCGAUACAUACACAGCUCUUCUGCAUUGGUCGUGGCGCGCAACUUAUAUUCUUCUUUUGUAAAUGGCGGAAAAGGGCUUCUUACUCGCGCAACGAGAACGGUCCGUCUCAACUGUUGUACGUCUUAUCAAAGCGGAUUCAUCAAGCACAUCGACUAAAAAGAAUCUUCACGAGCUAGCAGCCAGUGGACGAAUUGAUGAAUUUGCUAGACGACUAGCCAAGUCUUCCACUGGUUGGAUAUUGUCUAGCUAUAGCCUAGCUGCUCUUUUAGCUUUUUGGACUUGUCUGUCUAAUCACUAUCUGUAUACUAUACAAAUAGCUGAUGUGAACAAAAGAAAUGAUGACGAGCAAACUCCUCUUCAUUGUGCUGUGGAAAACAAGCAAGACGCAAUCGUUGAGUUACUGUGUCAGGCAUCAAAGUCAGGCAAGGUUACUAUUGAUCCUCAUUUAAAAGACAAUCACAAAAGAACGCCUCUUCACUGGGCUGUCAAUACGGGGAAAAUAGAGUUAGUAAAGGCUGUUCUAUCAAUACCACAAGAUGUCAAUCAGCGUGGUCCCAACAACCGAACGCCUUUGCACAUGGCAGCUCGUGACAACAAGCCGGAAAUAGCUAAUCUACUGCUGCAACACGGUGCUGAUCCACUGUUGAGAGACAAUGAGAGCAAAACAGCUUUGGGAUUAGCGGUCGUGACAGGAUCGAUAUCUAUUAUUGAUGUCUUCUUGAGUACUCGUGGUGUCCAACUUGUGAAUCUUUUGGAGAGUAUUUCUGGGGAGGAUAGGAGCAAUUUGUUACAUUUGGCUGCUGAUUCGGGCAGUCCAGAAAUGGUUGUGUACCUUAUGCACCGGAAUAUCAACAAAGUUGCAACGGAUUUUUAUGGAUGUACAGUAAUUCAUAGAGCUAGUCGCUGUGGCAACCCGGCUGUGCUUCGCCAAUGUUCAAAUGUUGACAAGCAACUGUUUGACUCUGCUAACUCGGAAGGUUUUACACCACUACAUGAGGCUGCUAGGUGUGAUCACGUUGGAGCUGUCAACUUUUUACUUGAAAAAGGUGCCAUGCCAGACAAAUGCAGUGCGUCUGGCCUUACACCUUUAUUACUAGCUGCUGCAUUUGGAGCUUGUAAAGUUGUCAGGAUUCUGCUUUCCUUACAAGUAGACUGUCUAAAGACAGAUCAACAUGGUGCUAAUGUCAUUCAUUUGGCUGUUGGUCAUACAAAAACGUUGAAAGUUUUGGCUGAGAUUCUCAAACCUAAAGGCAUAUUUGAAGAACUUCUCCAUGGUCAAGACAUUAAUGGCUCAACUCCACUGCACUAUGCAGCUCAUCAUGGUGGAGCAUUGGAUAUAAAUUUUUUUAUUGAAAACGAAGCCAGUGCUGUAGCUGUAAACCAUAAUGGCUCAACUCCUUUGCAUAUUGCUGCAAGUCGAGGUCAUGUGCAGAUUGCUGCUAAGCUUUACUCUUACUCACUUCGAUCACUUCAUGCUACUGAUAAAAAUGGCCAAACUCCUCUACAUCUUGCUUGUUUUUUUGGCCACACAAAUGUGGUAUCAAACUUGUUAGAGAAUGGAGCAACUGUAACUCAAGAUCACAAUGGUCGUACACAGUUGCAUUUUGCUGCUUGGAAUGGAUCUGUUGAUUGUAUGAAGAAGUUGGUGUCUGUAUAUCCUAAAGAGUUAAUUACCACAGACAUUGAAAAGGCAACACCUCUUCAUCUAGCUGUUGUACAAAAUCAUGCAGAUAUGACUGCUUAUCUUUUGGAUCAAGAUGAUCUUUCUGAUGAAAAUGUUUCACUUUGCCGUUUUGACAACAAGUUUGGUCAGAAUAGUUUAGAUGUUGCUCUUGCACUUGGAAAUGAAGACUGUACAGCUGUGAUAGUAAAACAUAAAGGAUGGAGAAAAAGUAUGAAACCUCUUGGUAGCAACAAAAAAACUCAGCUUGAGCUGAUGGUGGAGAAAAUGCCUGAUCAGGCAUUGGCUUUGAUGGACAACUGUAUAUCAUUUGAAAGCCAACCCAAAAAUAGACGAAUAUUUGACUUUCGACACAUGCAAGGUGUCACCAACAUGAAAUCUCCAGUUCCUGCAAUGUGCUCAUUACAUUUACUUGAGUCGAUGGUGAAGUUUCGACGAACAGCUUGCAUGGCUCAUUCUCUGUGUGUAGAAUUCCUAAACUCUAAAUGGAGGAAGUUUGGUGCAGCUGUCGCUUUCACAAAUGUGGCUAUGUAUUCAUUAUUUCUUUUGGCACUAACGGUAUUAGUUAUUCAAUUUCCAGCAUACACAGAUGAUCCACUUAAUGACGGCGGACAACUUCAGCAUCUUCUGGAAGUUUUAGAUAACAGAAAAUCAGAAAAUGAAAAACAUCUGACUUUGUCUUUCAAGAGGAAGUUUUGCUAUGGCAGUUUAGGGCCUUUUGUUGUGACAAUAGUUUUUACUAUCUUUGGAUUGUUGAAGGAAACUCUUCCAAUGUUUUUUGAGAAAUCAAAUUACUUGAAGCUGUCCAAUGUCAGUGAGCUGUUGGUGUACAUCCUGACAUUAGUUUUUUUGGAUCCAUUUGGACUCAUUCUUAAUUCAUACAAUGUACCUGAAGAAGCGUGCCCUAAAGUUGUGUGGCAACUUGGAGCUAUAACUGUCUUUCUGGCAUGGUUGGUCUUACUGCUCUAUCUAAGAAGGUUACCUGCUUUGGGUAUUUACUUGGUCAUGAUAGUGUCAAUGUUGAAGACUUUGCUACAAGUUGCUGUGGUGGUAUCACUGUUUGUAUUAGGUUUUGCUUUGUCUUUCUAUAUGCUCAUAAAUAAGACAUUGUUCGAGUCUGGAGAAUUGUCACUAGUGAGAGUAAUAGUCAUGCUUCAUGGUGAUAUGCAAUAUGAUAAUAUUCUACCACCUUCAAGAAAGACCAUGUACAACUUGACAUGUCUUCAACGACAGCUGACAAUUUAUCAUAAAGGAUUUGACUUUAUCAACGUAUUUAAUCUUUCUGUGAAUGUCGAUGACACAUUAGAAAGCAAUUCAACAUGUGCUCUUGUUGAUGACCAUCCAUCUCCAAUUGAUUUUCCUGAGCUGUCGUAUGCAUUAUUUCUUAUCUUUGUACUGUUAAUGCCAGUGGUGGUGUUCAAUGUAUUGAUUGGCCUUGCAGUUGGUGACAUUGCUGCUGUUCGAGCAGGUGCUGCACUGACACAAAUUCGUAUGCAGAUGAAAUUGUUGAUUCAAUUAGAACGUGUUCUUCCAUCAUGUAUUCGCAGUCGCUUUCAAGUCUUGAAGAGUGUUCAGGUUGAAGAUGAUAGAACACUGCGUGGCUGGUUUCGCCAUAUUAUCAAUGCUGCUGGUGAGUCAAACAUGAGUGAGGUAUCGAAGACUGCUGAACAGCUGACAGAAAUAAAAUCUAAGCAUCGUCAAUUGGAUGGAUGGCUUUCUAGCAUCCAGAAGAACUUGGAUCAGCAAAAAGUUGUAAUAAAAUUGAUAGCAUUUUGUCUAAAAAAAACUGAGGGUCGGCAACCUGAUGAGAUGUUAUCUCAGCCUACUUCUGGCCCACAAGACAGCAGCACCAGCAGUACUGAUCCUGGUAAUGAGGAGGAACAGCAACAGACUCAAUCCAUGACAACAUCAACUGAGUUAGAUGCAUUGACAGCAGCAAUUGAAGAAGAGCCUGGAGAUGAAGAUAUCGAGGUGUGAUGUAUCACUAAGUAUGCCAAUUUACUCAAUAUUUACUUCGAAUUAAUAAUUCUUGAUUGCACAUGUUUGUAAAAUGAAUUAUCACAUUUAGCAGUAUAGACCUUCAAGUCAUUUGUUUGUCUUUUGUUAUCGAUUACUUCUAGCAAAUAUAAGUAACUGUUAAUUAUAACUUAGAUUGUUGCUUUAUAUGAACUACAAUGUCACCGGCAUAGGAACCGGGGCUGGGAGGCUGAAGCCCCCUCACUCAAUGUAGGAAUUGAAAUUUUCUGUGCUAGUGACUUUUGCAAAUCUGUUUACA